AAUAAAAUAAAGGCAAACAGGUUCCUGUGAGCGCAGCCGGGGGGGGCCGGGGCUGAGGGUGCCGGGGCCGCGGCUGAGGCGCACGAACACGGCUCCGGAGCGGCUCAGAGCUCCCGGAUCUGGGGACAGAAGUGAGAUUGGAGAAAGUAGAGCGAUGCCAAGGAGGAAACAGCAAGCACCCAAACGGGCUGCAGGUUACGUCCAAGAGGAAGAUUUAAAGGAAGAGGAAGAUAUAAAGGAGGAGGAAGAAGAUGAUGAUGACAAUUCAACUGCUCAGCUCCAGGGCAGCAAUGACACCGGAACGGAUGAGGAACAUGAUGUGGGUCCUGAGCAGAAAGGGAACUUCAGCUACCAGAAUUCCCCUGUCAGUCAUAUAUCUACCCAAGAUGCAGAAAAUGAAUCACUGCUGAGUGAUGGUAGUGACCAUGUGACAGAUGUUAAAAGCAUUUGCUCUAGAGAGCCGCAGGAUCCAAAAACCAGCACCCAUCCCAAAGCCCAGAAUGAAGCACACAACUGCAUGGAUAAAAUGACAGCAGUCUAUGCCAACAUACUGUCAGACUCUUACUGGACAGGCUUGGGGCUGGGUUUCAAGUUGUCCAACUCUGAAAAGAGGAGUUGCGACAACAGAAAUGGAGGGAACAAAGCUGAUUUUGAUUGGCAUCAAGACGCACUGUCAAAAAGCUUACAACAGAAUUUACCUUCCAGACCUGUCUCGAAACCCAACCUGUUCAGCUCCGUCCAGCUCUACCGGCAGAGCAGCAAAAUGUGUGGGACGGUGUUCACUGGUGCCAGCAGGUUUCGGUGCCGGCAGUGCAGCGCAGCCUACGACACGCUGGUCGAACUAACAGUUCAUAUGAAUGAAACAGGUCACUACCAAGAUGACAACCACAAAAAGGACAAGCACAGACCUACCAGCUACUCUAAGCCUCGAAAAAGGGCUUUCCAGGACAUGGAUAAGGAAGAUGCACAAAAAGUUCUGAAGUGCAUGUUCUGCGGUGAUUCCUUUGAUUCCCUUCAAGAUUUGAGCGUUCACAUGAUAAAAACGAAACAUUACCAAAAAGUGCCUUUGAAGGAGCCGGUACCAACCAUUUCUUCAAAAAUGGUCACUCCAGCAAAGAAACGUGUGUUUGACGUUAACAGGCCUUGUUCCCCCGAUUCCACAACGGGGUCUUUCUCAGACACUUUUUCCCCACAGAAGAACGGGAACCUGCAGCUAUCCUCCAACAACCGCUAUGGCUACCAGAAUGGUGCCAGCUAUACGUGGCAGUUUGAGGCCUGCAAAUCCCAGAUUUUGAAGUGUAUGGAGUGUGGAAGUUCCCAUGACACCUUGCAGCAGCUCACGACCCACAUGAUGGUUACCGGCCACUUCUUGAAAGUCACAAGUUCAGCUUCGAAGAAAGGAAAGCAACUUGUUCUAGAUCCUUUAGCUGUGGAAAAAAUGCAGUCGCUCUCUGAAGCACCAGCCAACGACAGCCCGGUGUCGAAGUCAAUCAGUAAAUCAUCAUCUGCAGAAUGCAUAGCUCCUGCAUCUGAAAUUAAAAAAGAAAGUAAAAAAGAUAAAGCUGAUGAUGCAAACAAAGAUGAGAAAGCAGUAAAAACUGAAGAGUAUGAGGACGCUCUUCAGAAACCACUGGAUCCCACAAUGAAAUACCAGUACCUCAGAGAAGAAGAUUUAGAAGAUGGUUCAAAAGGUGGUGGGGAUAUUUUAAAGUCUUUGGAGAACACUGUCACGACAGCCAUCAAUAAAGCUCAAAAUGGAGCACCUAGCUGGAGCGCAUAUCCCAGCAUCCACGCAGCUUAUCAGCUCUCAGAAGGAGCUAAGCCAUCUUUGCCUGUGGGUUCCCAAGUACUGCAAAUCAGGCCAACAAUGGCCAACAAGUUGAGGCCCAUAGCUCCAAAGUGGAAAGUCAUGCCUCUCGUCCCUAUCUCAGCAAACGUGGCUCAGUGCACUCAAGUGAAGAAGGAAACUGAUGACAGGGAGGAGGUACAAAAGGACUAUGCUAAAGAGAGCAUUCAAGCUGAGCAUGUUUCACUCAGCCAGAGUGAGAGGGGACCUAUCCUCAAAUCUGAAGCCUCUGGGGAGCCAAAAAAGACAGAACCAUGUCCCUUGAAAGAGGAAGACAAAAUUAAAGAGGACAGUGGAAAAGAAAAAUCAGCCCUCAAGGAACCAACAACAGCUUCUCUUAGUAAUGGUUGUGCUGCUGCCAACCAUUCAUCAGAGCUGCCUUGUGUCAACCCUCUCAGUGCCCUGCAGUCGGUACUGAAUAAUCACUUGGGCAAAGCCACUGAGCCUCUACGGCCCCAGUCCAACUCCAGCCCCAGCUCUAGCACGAUUUCUAUGUUCCACAAAUCUAAUUUAAAUAUGAUGGAGAAGCCAGUUUUAUCUCCUACUCCAACCCCACCAAAGCCUGCAAGCGUAACCAGGCACUAUUUGUUUGAAAAUAAUGAUCAGCCUAUUGACUUGACCAAAUCUAAAGGCAAGAAAGCUGAGUCAGCUCAAGCACAAUCCUGUACUUCUCCACCUCAAAAACAUGCUCUGUCUGACAUUGCUGAUAUGGUCAAAGUUCUUCCCAAAGCUACUACACCAAAACCUGCUGCAUCUUCAAGGAUCCCAUCUAUGAAGUUGGAAAUAGAUGUCCGACGCUUUGAAGAUGUCUCAACAGAAGUCUCCACUCUGCAUAAAAGGAAGGGCAGGCAGUCGAACUGGAACCCUCAGCAUCUUCUCAUUUUGCAAGCUCAGUUUGCUUCCAGCCUCUUCCAGACAUCCGAAGGUAAAUAUUUAUUAUCAGAUCUAGGCCCACAGGAGCGUAUGCAGAUCUCAAAAUUUACCGGACUGUCAAUGACCACCAUCAGCCACUGGUUGGCAAAUGUCAAGUACCAACUUAGGAAAACUGGAGGAACAAAGUUUUUGAAAAACAUGGACAAAGGGCAUCCAGUCUUUUAUUGCAGCGACUGUGCAUCUCAGUUUCGAACCCCAUCUACUUACAUUAGCCACUUAGAAUCCCAUCUAGGUUUCCAAAUGAAAGACAUGAACAGGCUGGCUGUGGAGCAGCAAACCAAGGUAGAGCAAGAAAUCUCCAGAGUUUCAGUUCAAAGGUCUCCUGAAACAAUAGCUGGAGAAGAGGACACAGACUCUAAGUUCAAAUGUAAGUUGUGCUGUCGGACAUUUGCGAGCAAACAUGCUGUAAAACUUCAUCUAAGCAAAACACACAGCAAGUCACCAGAACACCAUUCACAAUUUGUAGCAGAAGUGGAUGAAGAAUAACUCUUAAGGUAUGCAUGCUCUAUAGUGAGUUUUUAUUUCAUCCUUUUAAGGAGGCCUCUUUAAAUAUUCAUACUUUAUUCAAUUUCAGUAGGAAAACACUAUAAAAUGCAUAAUGUACUGUUGCUUCAUUAAACUAAUUGCAUGUACCUAUUCAUUUUAUAAUGUUUUCAGGAAGAGCGCUUGACAAUUGCAGAACAACUAUAUAAAAAAAGUUGCUUCUUGUUAAUAUUUUCUCAGUACUCACUUCCCUUUUUGUUUCUAAGAAUUGCUUCACAUCCUAUGCACUUCAAUGUGGAAUGCAAGAAAUGAAUGCUACUCUUUGCAGUGAGAAUGGAAAAAGCAGGAAAAAAAAAAGGCACUGAACACCAAAAGAUCGUUACCUCCCUCGGUGCUAAUGCAUCUGUAAAUCUGAUUCUGAUGGGGGAAAAGAAGGCAAUUCAAAUGUCAAAUUAAUAAAUAAUAAAUAGCCCGCGUUCCUGAUACACUCAAACCUAGUCUCAAGAAUCUACUGAUGACUGAGAAGUUUAUGUCUACAAGUUUAGUUAUUCUUUCACUGAUAUUUGGACAUUCCUCACUGUACAAACUGUUGAUAUUUUCCACUACCCAACACUUACUGUUGGGAGUGGCCUUUCCUGGCGCAUCGCUUUAACCUUGCUCAUGUCUCUGCUCAUUUCGUUUUUAAUCUUGAAGACAUUUAAUUGCGUUUUGUUUCCCGUUGGCGGCCGUGUCAGUCUGUGAUACCACUGACUUCAGCACAAGGUUUCAUGUGGGCUGGGGGGGCUGGCUCUUCUUUCAGGAAGCACUGAGAUUUCUUUUACGCAGUUAUAUUUCCAAAACGUGUUAAUAUGAUACUUCUGCAUUACUGUUGAUACUUUUUUUUUGGCUGAAAGAUACACCGACCAAAGUGCUGCCACUGCCAGUGUUUAUGGUAUGUAAUGUCAUGUUCAGAUUACACACCGUUUUUGCAUUUUUAAUUUUACUUGAUUCGCAAACUCAAAUCUUCUUGAUUGAAAUAAAUAUGCAGAACUUCUACUGAAAGUCCAAAUAGAAGUUUUCUGUUCUAACACGUUUAUUUCCAGCAAGGCUCUCUUAGUCAUUCCCAGCAAAUUCACCAGCAAACUCAGGCUCUGCUUCCAUCUGCAGAAUAAUCAUGUGCAGACUCAGAUUUUCUCCAUCAUGUUCAUUACUUGAAUCACAUUUGGGAAAUGAAUUCAUCAGACAGUCAAAAUUAAGGAUGUGUUGUGAGUUGUCACUCACGCCACCUGCUAUUGUGGCUAUUCUCUGGCUAAUUGAGGGUGCAAGCACUCCGAAGAUGAAUAUUUGCUUGUGUGAAGAUUUCACAUUUGUUUGCUGCAAAUAUUCAUGAAGCUUUAAGAAACACAUUCUUUGUACGCAGCCAGCACAAGGACUGUGCGUCACUUACGCUCUGUUUAAAAGGCUACUUUUGGAUAAUGUAAGCCACUAAUCAAAAGGUUGCUUUGGGAUGGGUAAUAGAAGCUAUUGCUAUAGUGUGUAAUAUUCAAGUGCAGUAAGAUUGAAGUUUUGCACACAUCUUGUAUGUGCAGUCUCUAUUUGACCAGAUUUAUUCUUUCUGCACAUUUCAACAGGCAAAAUUCAGUCCAACUGGAAGGGAUUUAAUUUUCUCCGUACUGCUAACAUCCUUACAUUUCUUUGUAGGCAUUUUUAACCCAACAUUAGAACCCAACACAAAAGGAAGAAACAAACGUACCUUGUUUAUCUGAAAAUAACAGAUUUUGUGCUUAACCAUUUUAUUACCAUUCAAAAUCAAUAUACCUCCCAAAAUAUUGGGAAAUUACAGGAGGUUGGUUGGGAAAAAUAUACCAUAUUUCACUUCCUUCCUCACCAGUUAAUGAUUAAUAAGACUCUGACAUUCGUCGUUUUCACAUAAGAGAUAUCAGAGCAAACCAAUAAUUUGGGUUCUAUCAAACAAAAGCUAUCUGCCAAAUACAUUAAUGUAACAGUUAUUUUGGCAUAUUCAUGGCUUAAUACCUGACAAAUGUUUCAGAUUUGGUUUUAAAAGCACCGUAUUAUUAUGAAGAGGCAAACCAAACACCCACCCACAUAAACAUGUUAUUGUUCCUCAGGAUUUGGAGAAUAAGCACAAAGAAAAAAAUCUGAGGGGGAAAAAAGGGCUUUCUGCACUGUAAUAACCCACACAGACACAUCACGAGUGUUAUUCAGGUGGAUGUGACUGCAUAAAUAAGGCACUGUCCUGCCUGCCUUUGGGUACCCAGAGAUCGCCGUCCUUUUAAUACUCAUCCUUUUCUAAUCUACAUCAAGAUGCAGGUUGUACCUCACCUUUGAAAAAAUAUAUUUAAAUGGCAAUGACAGAGUGAUAGCACUGUUAUCUGGAACUAUAAUUUGAGUUGGUAUGCAUGAUAGCACAAAUUGUGUGAAAUGAUGGGGUAUUUUGGAUAGCACUGUAAAGGUUUUAUGACUGUAAGCCUACCCAAGUUCUGGCUGCGCUGGAAGCGUGGAGGCCGCAGUUUAUUCUUAUGAUUCCUUCCUGAGAUCUGCAAAGAGACUAAAUCAUAUAACAGGGAUUUUCAGGGUUUACUUAUUCUUACCAUGUUAUUGUUAAGAUUCGGGAUGCAUUUGAAUACUAACACAGAGGAGAGCACAGUGCUGAAAAACGGGGAAUAUAAAGCACACCAAAAUUCUUACAGCAUGCACGCGCAUCUGCAUUCACUUGUAGGCAAUACUGUAGUGGCACAGACAUAAAAAUAUAUGGAAAUAAAUGGAAAUAAAA